AUGGCCCUGUCGUGCCGCAAGCAGGAGAUGGGCUUGCGGAUCCUAGUUGUUUUUAUCAUCUCUUUACAGCGAUGGCUCAAGAAGAGAUGGAAGUUGAUCUGCAGCCGGUGGCGGGUCACCGCGGUCAGGACGCCAGGGACGGCUGCCAACCCUGGGGAGCAGCCACCUUCUGCCUCGGCCCUCGGCAGCGCGCGGAGGCUGCGGGCGGCGCUGGAGCAGCAUCGGCCCUUGCCCGCGCCGCAGGGCUCACAGCGCCCGCGCGUGAGAAGAGCUCGCAGGCAGCAAAGAGUCGGUGGCUCCCAAAGGACGGUCAGUGCCAGUGCAGCGCUGGAGAGUUACUUUCAAAUCAGCAGGACCCAAGAGCCGGCUGCAGUAGCAGCUCCACGUCUGGAGCCCUCACACAAUCUGGGGGACAACCAGGGCCACAGCUCGGAUGAAACCAUAGAAGUGAGUGACUCUGACAGCAGCACCUCUGCUGAGGAGGAAGAGCUGGAUGCUGGAGCUCAGGAGACCCCUACGCCACCCAGCUUAGGAGUUUCCAGUCAGGCCCAAGCAGAGCCACUUCCAGCUCUACCUCCCCCUGCAGAAGAUGAAAGUCAUGAAAAUGAAGAGGCCGCCUUCCAGCAAAAGCAGAGAAGUCCAGCAAAGAAGGCAGAACCAUUGGCUCCUGCUGCGCCCUUGGAUGAGGAAGAAGGGGACACUUGUGCCAUCUGCUUCGAGCAGUGGACCAAUGCAGGGGGCCACCGCCUGUCAGCACUGCGGUGUGGGCACCUGUUUGGUUACACCUGCAUCGAGAAGUGGCUCAAGGGACAGGCAGGAAAGUGCCCCCAGUGCAAUAAGAAAGCAAAACGCUCUGACAUUGUGAUCCUGUACGCUCGGACUUUGAAAGCCCUGGACACCAGUGAACAGGAGCGGAUGAAAAGUUCUUUAGAAAAGGAGCAAAUGCUGCGGAGACAGGCAGAGCUGGAAUCUGCACAGAGCCGCCUCCAGCUGCAGGUUUUGACAGAUGAGUGCAGCAAACUCCGCAGGCAAGUUCAGGAGCUGAAAGCCCUGGUGGCCCAGCACAGUGUGGCUGCUCCCCAGCACCCCGGCGGCCUCCCCUGCAGCCAGAGCCAGCGGCGGUACCAGUUUGAGAAGGCCGUGGCGGUGUCGCAGGCCGGCGGCUGCAGGGUCAUGGCGUUCUGCGACGCGCUCAGCUGCCUCGUGGUGUCGCAGCCUUCUCCGCAGUCAACGUUCGUUCCCGGCUGUGGUGUAAAGAUGAUGAGCGCAGCCAACCUGAAGAGCAGUCAGUACAUCCCCAUCCACAGCAAACAGAUUCGGGGCCUGGCUUUUGGCAGUCGAGCAGAUGGCUUGCUGCUCUCCGCUGCUCUGGACAACACGCUCAAACUAACCAGCUUGGCAACAAACACUGUGGUACAGACAUACAACACUGGCCGUCCUGUCUGGAGCUGCUGCUGGUGUCUUGAUGAUACAAACUACAUCUACGCUGGGCUGGUGAAUGGCUCUGUCAUGGUGUAUGACUUGAGAGACACAAGUUCUCAUGUGCAGGAGCUGACCCCUCAGAAGUCCAGGUGCCCCAUGGUGUCACUGUCAUACCUGCCACGAAUGGCCUCAGCGUCAUUGCCCUACGGUGGAAUAAUAGCUGGGACCUUGGAAGGAGCCUGCUUUUGGGAGCAGAAAGCUGGGACCUCUUACCGGCCUCACCACUUGCUCGUGGAGCCCGGCGGCUGCAUCGACAUCCAGACGGAGGUCACCACGCGCCACUGCCUCGCGACCUACCGGCCGAGUAAGAACAACCCUUGCGUGCGCUGCGUGAUGAUGGAGCUGAGCUGCAGCCCCCUGACAGAAGCCUCUGAGGACGUGGUGUGCUCUUCUAACCCAGUUCAGACUUUCAGUGCCGGCCCCACCUGCAAGUUGCUGACCAAAAAUGCCAUUUUUCAGAGCCCAGAGGAGGAUGGCAGCAUCUUUGUGUGUGCUGGUGAUGAGGCGUCUAAUUCUGCCAUGUUAUGGGAUGCUGCAAGUGGCACCUUAUUGCAGAAGCUGCAGGCUGACCUACCCGUGCUGGACAUCUGCCCCUUUGAAGUGAACCAAACGUCCCUCCUGGCUACGCUCACCGAGAAAAUGGUCAAGAUCUACAGCUGGCUGUGACAGGUGUCUGCG